UUCUUCACCCGGAAAUGUCUUGUAAAGUUUAUGGAUCCCCAAAAAGUUUCCGAAUGCUAAAAAUUCUGAUUGCUGCCAAAGUCGGUAAUAGGGAUGUCAUUGUACUGGAUCAAAAGCCUCCACAAAAUAAAUUUCCUCUUGGAGUGACUCCAGCAAUGGAAGACAAGGAUGUCAUAUUAUUCGGUGCUGACGCAAUUAUGCUUUAUUUAGCAGGUGAAACGAUGAAACUACCUAAUUGCUCCGAAGUACUACAAUGGAUGCAGUGGUCUGAGGGACAGCUAAUACCAAAUGUUUUAGGUUACGUAUUACCGACUGUUUCAGCUGCUCAUGUUGAUAAUGAGAUGUUGGAAGCAGCAAAGAUCGAAUUGCUUACACAGCUCAAGUGUUUGAAUGAGAUGCUCCUAACAAGGACUUUUCUAGUCGGUGAAAGGAUGUCUCUUGCUGAUAUUUCUGUGGCGAUGGAUUUACUUCCCGCGUAUCAGUAUGUUUUGGAUGAGGCAGCACGUGCGUCACUGAUUAACGUUAACCGCUGGUUCAAAACCAUAAUUAACCAAAAACCUGUCAAAGAUAUUCUUGGAGAAGUGCAGUUCGCCGUAAAAGUUUCCAAAUUUGAUAGUGCUAAGUUCAAAGAAUUAUCUGCGAAAUUGUCCAAGGAACGUGCUGGUCAUAAAGAUGGAAGGAACAAGGAACAGCAAGGGAAACAAAGCAAGGAACAGCAGAAGGAAGAUAAGAAGACCAAGCGAGUAAAGGACGAGAAUGAUGAUGAACCGGAUGCUGCUGAUGGAGUCUUAGCUCAAGAACCAAAAUCAGUUGAUCCUUUCGCUACUAUGCCUAAAGGAAGUUUUGUGAUGGAUUCCUUCAAGAGAGUUUAUUCUAACGAAGAUACAGCUACAAAAGCAGUGCCUUAUUUCUGGGAGAACUUUGAUUCGGAAAAUUAUUCUAUUUGGUUCUCGGAAUAUAAAUACCCUGAGGAUUUAACUCUGACGUUUAUGAGUUGUAACCUCAUAAGUGGGAUGUUCCAGAGAUUAGAGAAACUGAAGAAAAAUGCUUUCGCGUCAGUUUGCUUAUUUGGUACGGAUAACAAUUCAACAAUAUCUGGAAUAUGGAUUUGGCGAGGACAUGAAUUGGCUUUCAAGCUCUCGCCGGAUUGGCAGGUUGAUUAUGAAAGUUAUGAUUGGAAGAAGCUCGACCCAGCUGAUGAAAAAACGCGGAAAGUUGUUAAUGAAUAUCUGAUGUGGGAAGGUGAUUUCGAUGGAAAGAUGUUUAAUCAGGGGAAAAUAUUCAAAUGACUUUUUUAAUCUGCGUAGUCUCUUGUAUUGUUGUUGGCAUUGUUAAAGAUGUAAAAAAAAAUCCACAUCAUGGUCUUUUUCAAUAUUUCUCUGAAACUAAACUGGAGAAUCAAACUUGUCGUGACUCAGGCUGCCUUCAUCUCAACAGCCUUUGAGUUUAGUAUAUGUUAAUACCUUCAAUGAGCGGUUUUUUUCCUAACAGCAGAGAAUAUUUAUGUUUUAUAAAGAUAUUGAUCCCGAG